AUGACCACAUCUGUGGAGUUGAUGAACAGGACGACUUGUCCUCCUCAUACCCAGCAUGCUUUGUGCCACUGUGUCCUUCACACAUACAGGCUUGAUGAUGUUGCUGAAGUCAGACUGGAUUGUGUUGAAUCAUAUUCUUUCAGUGAACUGAGUAUAGAAAACUGGAUAAUGCCCAUGGUGUAUGCUGGUCAUGUGUCUGGUGUGGCAUGGCUGCAUCCAUACUGGUCCCAGCAAAUCAGAGAAGGAGAACACAAGAUGACUGUAGGCAGAGACUCCUCUACCACCACCAUCAGGCUGACUUCUACAGAUAAUUAUUUCCUCAGUGAUGGUCUGUAUGUUGGUGAAGACCAGCUGGAGAGCUCAAAGCCUCUGAGACUGAACGUGGUCAGAGUCAAUCCGGUCAAACCAAGUCACAUUACAGGGCAAAGCACUGAGAAGGACACAGAGGCAUGUUUUGCCAAGAGACCUCGGACGGAGAGGAGUAAGGAUGGAGAAACCAGUCAUAUCCAGUCCCACUCAGCAACCACUGACCCACUGCAACCAGCAGGGGGCAGCAGCAGCAAUGGGAUGUUAGAUGGUGAAGGAUUCACCAGUUAUGUUGUUGAGAGAAUAACUUCAUUUCUGGAUGAAAACGACCCAUACAUCCUGGACAUUGAUAUGGAUUUCUUCUCCUGUAAAAACCCCUUUAAGGAAUUAUACACAGAGGAAGAAAACUCCCUCUUGAAGGAGCUGUACAACUUCAGAGAACCCGGCCUGAAUGCCGAUAAGGUUAGACAUUUUGUUUAUUUUGCUCAUUAACUGUGACCUACAAAACAUACCUAACACUACAACACAGU